UUUCAGAGGUGGCACGUCCUUAUCUCGCCCUCAGUCACCAUGGUCGAUCACUCCUCCUAAUCCCCGCCUAGUGCUAGGAAAAUUGCGGACAUGAAACAGAACGUCAUGACGUCAGAGGCAAAGCCUUCGGAGCUGUCAGUGAGCGAAGGAGGAUAGAGGGGUGGUAUGGAGGGACCAGAGAAGGAAGCCGAGUGCGGAGAUGUACAGCAUGAUGCCGCUAUCGAGGAGACUGGAUGGGAUCCUGGAAAAGAUGUGGUGGGAAAGAAAACUGCUUCUGAGGACACCUCUUUAUCUGGGCAGCCUUCCACUGGAAAAAAAAUUGGUCACCGUGGUGUUGAUGCUUCAGGAGAGACCACUUAUAAGAAGACAACAUCGUCAACUUUAAAAGGUGCCAUCCAGCUGGGUAUUGGAUAUACUGUUGGAAACUUAACUUCCAAACCAGAAAGGGAUGUUCUGAUGCAGGAUUUUUAUGUUGUGGAAAGUAUCUUCUUUCCAAGUGAAGGAAGUAAUCUAACACCCGCCCAUCAUUAUCCAGACUUCCGCUUUAAGACUUAUGCUCCUGUCGCCUUCAGAUAUUUUCGAGAACUUUUUGGGAUUCGCCCUGAUGACUAUCUUUAUUCCUUGUGUAAUGAGCCUCUGAUUGAACUUUCUAACCCUGGGGCAAGUGGAUCUGUGUUUUAUGUCACAAGUGAUGAUGAAUUCAUUAUCAAGACAGUAAUGCACAAAGAGGCUGAAUUCCUUCAGAAACUGCUUCCGGGAUAUUACAUGAACCUUAACCAAAACCCACGUACUCUAUUACCCAAGUUCUAUGGAUUGUACUGUGUUCAGUCUGGCGGGAAGAAUAUUCGUGUUGCUGUGAUGAACAAUAUCUUACCACGGGUAGUCCGUAUGCAUUUUAAGUAUGACCUCAAGGGCUCUACCUAUAAAAGACGUGCUUCCAAAAAAGAGAGAGAGAAAAAGUGUCCUACGUACAAAGACCUGGAUUUCAUUCAAGAUGCACCUGAAGGAUUGCUUCUGGAUGCGGAUACCUUUAGUGCAUUGGUUAAGACCUUACAAAGAGACUGUCUGGUUUUAGAGAGCUUCAAGAUUAUGGAUUACAGCCUUCUUUUAGGAGUACACAACAUAGAGCAACAUGAGAAAACACGGCAAACAGAUGGAUCCCAGAGUCACAUUGAUGAAAAGAGGCCUGUUGGACAGAAGGCUCUGUAUUCCACAGCAAUGGAAUCCAUUCAGGGGGGUGCAGCUCAUGGGGAAUCCAUAGACACAGAUGAUACAAUGGGAGGUAUUCCAGCUGUCAGUGGAAGAGGGGAACGUCUGUUACUGUACAUAGGAAUAAUUGACAUAUUGCAGUCGUUCAGAUUCAUCAAAAAGUUGGAACACACAUGGAAAGCUCUCGUUCACGAUGGGGACACAGUUUCUGUACACAGACCAGGCUUCUAUGCUGAACGUUUCUUCAAGUUCAUGACUAACACAGUGUUCAGAAAAACAUCAUCUCUAAAAUCAUCACCAUCCAAAAAAGGAAGAAGUGCCCUUCUGGCUCCUCAUUCUAUAGGUCCUUCUUUAGCAUGCUCUGCUGGACAGAUUUCAGUUCAACAGGAAGAAGGGCAAUAUGAGCUUCGUGGAGCAAGUAGCUGCCCAACCUUGGAUGACAAUGGUCGAUCAGACAUUUUGCCAUGCACUACACCAUCAUUUGAAGAAGCAACCACUGUCUCCAUUACUACAACAAUAUCUUCAACGUCCCUUUCAAUUCCGGAACGUUCUCCAUCUGAAACUUCAGAGCAGCCUCGUUAUCGGAGACGUACUCACUCAUCAGGAUAUGAUACACGAACCCAUGAGAUGCAAGCAUAUGAUGAGGCUGAGCAGGUCACAGUGAAAGUGAAGUCAUGGGAACAGAGCACUGUUGCUGAACCAGAAGAAGAGAAACAUGGAGAAGCUUCUGGCUGUAUGGCAAGAGCAUAUUCAGGUGAAGAAACUGGAAGUCAACGCUCUGAAGAAGAUGAGAUACCAAUGACAGACAUUUAUUUUUUUACGGAUGGGCGAUAUUGGGUGUAUUCUCCCCAACCCUGUCAGAUGCGCUCUGCCACUUCAUCCAUUAACUCUCCACCAGAUGACCAGAGCUGGGUUUAUUCCCCUCUUCACUAUAACCCACAGAUCCAGCCCAUCUCAGAUGAAGAAAUUGACACAUAAUUACUAUGCAGAUCUUUUAAGAUGAGUAUACUGUUACCUUCAUGUCAACCUACCCUCCAGGAGUAAACAGAUGAAGUCAAGGUCAUCAGCGUUGUGAUCAGUCUGCAGUGCCAGGAUCGUACUAUCCAUCUGAAAUGUACUAAACUGUCGGGCCGUGCUGCCAAUGAAGCCAAUUGAAGCAGCCACCUCAGGCAGCACUUAUGGAGGCACAGGAGGGGGGAGGGAACUAAGGCCAGGGUGUUCAUUUCUUAGUAUUCUGUCCUCACAAUCUCAGCAUUAUCGAGCUCCCUGCCCCAGCUGACGCUGAGAUUGAAAUUUAAACAGUCCCCUCAUCACUGAGCAAGGGGUGUGUGUGUGCUCAUCACUGCUGCCCAUACAGCAUUUUCUUGCCAGGGAGGGGAGGCAAAAAAUGGUCACCCAUUCACCCUUGGCAUGGCCCUGUAAACUGGUAAAACGCUUAUGUGGCAAGUGUUUGGAUUUAAACCUCCCUCUUCCAAAAAGGUGAACAAUCAAUCCAAGUACGCUUUAGAUGCAAGUUCUAACAUUUGGUUUUAUUUUAGGAAAAUGGGUUCUGCUGCUACUACUGUUUGAGAGCUGAUGGAUGACACUCUACUGUUACAUAUAUAGAUGAACGAGAGCCAUUGCAAUGGUUGUUUUCUUGUGUUACAACUCUGGUUGCAUACAGUAUUAGAAAUGCAUUAUUUAAUUUGCAUGUAUGUUUUUGUGUAUAAUAUUUAUUUUGUUUCUUUA